CGCUUGUUGUGCGGAUUUCAUCAUUGUGCGUGAGUGUACGUUUAGUUUUACACGUCUGCUUUUACCAUUUUUCUUAUUUGAUCAAAUGUGAAUGUGCAGACUUUCACUUUUAUGUAAAUUCAAGAAGAAAUGUAUUUAAAUGUGUUAUAACAAUAUAUAGUAUACUUAAUGUCAUUCACAAAUGCUAUGGCCAUACCAGUAAACGAAAUGGCAUUUAAAAAUUACUGUUUUGUGUUUAUAAUUUGCGCUCUUGCGAAAGUACAAGCUGUUGGUUUCGACGCAGAGCUGUAUGAAACACCACCUUGUGAUAACAAUGUCUGCUUCGAGGCGCUCCAUGGUGCUUUAGGUGACUGUUCGUGUAACGUUGAUACUAUAGAUUACUUCAAUAAUGUAAAAAUCUUCCCACGCAUUCAAAGCCUUGUAAGUAAGGAUUAUUUUCGUUUCUACAAGGUCAAUCUGAAGAAGGAAUGCCCAUUUUGGGCUGAUGACAGCCGAUGUGCCAUGAAAUACUGUCAUAUAAAGACGUGUUCCAAAGAAAGUGUUCCAGGCUACGCCGACGGUUACGAAAACGAUCAUUACGACGAGUCUCCAGCAACUAAGUAUUCUAAAGAAACACAGUCAGAUUGUAAUGGUGAUACUGAUCAUGAUCCUGAUUUGGGUUACCUAAAUAUGACUAUUAGUGCAGCCAGCCAAUAUGAAAUUGCCAAAUGGAAAGCAUAUGAUGACGCUCUUGAGAACUUCUGUGAAAAUGAUGAUAGAGAUGCAGAAGCUGAUUAUGUUGAUCUGUCAUUAAAUCCAGAACGAUAUACAGGGUACAAAGGUCCCUCAGCCCAUAGGAUAUGGAGAAGUAUAUACCAGGAGAACUGUUUUCGGCCCAAACUGAAUCCUUAUGAAUCAUUCCCUUAUGUGUUGAGCACAGAUUUGAGUAAUAUGUGUUUAGAAAAAAGAGUUUUUUACAGAGCAGUUUCUGGUAUGCAUACCAGUAUAAACAUUCAUUUGUGUUCCAAGUUUUUAUUAUCUGAGAAAGGAGUUGGAUUUGCUGCACCACCUGAAGGAGAAUGGGGCCCUAAUCUUGAUGAGUUUCAACGCCGUUUUGAUCCUUCACAAACAUUAGGAGAAGGGCCUAAUUGGUUGAAAAACCUUUAUUUUGUGUAUUUGUUAGAAAUGAGAGCAUUAGCUAAAGCAGGCCCCUAUUUAGAAAGGGAGGAAUAUUAUACAGGUAAUCCUAUUGAGGAUGAGGAGACACGAGGCGCGAUUCAGAACAUGCUCGGCGUAAUAUACAGUUUCCCAGAUCAUUUCAAUGAGUCUUCAAUGUUUAAUGGAGGCACUCAGGCUGCUAAAUUGAAAGUUGAGUUUCGUGAGCAUUUCCGAAACAUUUCACGGAUCAUGGACUGUGUUGGAUGUGACAAAUGUAAAUUAUGGGGCAAACUCCAAACGCAAGGAUUAGGCACAGCUCUCAAGAUAUUGUUUUCUGGUAGAUGGGAUAGCCCAGAUGGUGAUCCAGAUCAGAGCAUUCUCCCAUUGAGGCACAGAGUCCAACGGCUACAGAGGACUGAAAUAGUAGCAUUAUUCAAUGCUUUUGCAAGACUGUCUAAUAGCAUAAGGGAAUUGGAGAAUUUCAGGAUAAUGCUCAGCAGCAACAGUGAAUCAACGAAGGCGAACGCGUUUGGUGUACAAGACGCGCUGAUCGGAAAGAAAAUCAAUGUCAAGAAAGAACAGUGUUCCUCAGGAGGUAGUAAACCGAGAUUAGGAAGUUAAACUUACACGUAUGUGUAAUAAACGGUUUCGUAACCACGAGAUAGCUUAGCACCCCUAUUAUUUGUGAUACACACCAAUACAUUUUGAAAAAGUCUCUGAUGUACCGCUAUCGAAUACGCUCGGUUAUAAAAGCGCAGUUCCGAUGCAGAUUUAAGGGUCUUACCACAGGCUCCGUGAAAAAAUUCAAAUGUCGUUCAAGUAAAGUGCAAGUACAACCGAAGUGCAGUUCAAAUUACUUAAGCAUUAAGUCAGCUUUUUCAUCUUCAUCGUCUUUGAAAUGAGUUGUAUUUUGUGCAUGUUAUUAUUUAUUUAUUUUGUCGUUUUGUUUGUGUAUACUGGUUUUAAUUGUAUUUUCGGCUUUUUUAUACUGUGUAUGUGAUAAUAUUGUCUAUUUUAUUCAGUCAUAGUGUAGGUACUACAAAUUUCAUGUGAUGUCAGAAUUCGACCUUCGGGUCGUGUAGAAACCAUCUCGUGAGAUUUGUCUUCAAUGUAAUUUGUAUAAUCGAUAGUACAGCACAAUUCCAUUUUAACAUUUACUCAUACAUUCACGGAGAUUAAUAAUUUAAAAAUGCCAUGUUCCAGUUUUGCUAUUCCGUUAUAAAAUACACGGCGUUGU